AAGAAAAAAUGACACAGAAAAAUGAAAAAGGCGCACUUCUUACGAGGAAGGUACCUCAAGGCUACGUAUUGUUGAAAAGCUCAGACGGGUUUGAAUUUUAUGUUGCAGAAGAAUGCGCAAAAGUUUCCAAAUUCUUGAAAACAACUCUGGAAAGUGACUUCUCGGAAGCUAAAACAGGACAAAUGAUACUCAAUGAAAUACCUGGACACUUGCUGGAAAAAGUUUGUGAAUACUUUUAUUAUCAUAUUAUGUACGAACAAACGGAAGGAAACUUGCCUCCUUUUGAAUUUCCUCCAGAAAUGGCAGUGGAGUUACUUAUGGUUGCCAACUUUCUCGACACUUGACUGACUGGCAAGAAACUCUUGCCACCUAGUUAAGACCCACUCCAUUGUCAGUAUAAUAUGAAGCUUUGUAGUAGAAUAAUAUAACCUGUCGACAUGUU